AUGGUGGACAGCUGUUGUCCUGGAAAUGUCACGGCCGUCCCAGCUGUACCCACCAUCUUCAGGUGCCCAAAGGGUGGCAACUUCCCAAAUGGUAUCUGUUUGCCUAGUUCCUGCUGGAGCAGAACAUGGCAACUGGUCACAGGCCAAGAAAACUGUCAGCCAUCCGGCAGUGUCCCAGGUGGCUGCGAACCUGCUCCUUGCCAACCCAUCUGCUUUCCAGCAACUCCUUGCGUGGGGUUUGUCUGCCAACCCAUUUGCUCCUGCACAGCCUCCCAUGAGUCCAGCACCGGCCAGUCUCCUUGUCAGCCCUCCUGUUUGGAAUCCACCGGGGGUCAGGAACAGUGCUGUGAAGUCAGCCCCAGUCAACAAAGCUCCUGCCAGGAACAUGUCUUCGUGUCCGGACCUCUCGAGGCAGCCAGUGGCCAAUCAGUCUGCUGUGACACCAGGUCCUGCCAGCCAUCCUGCUCUGAGGUGACUUCCUGUCCUGAAGCCUCUUGCCCACCAACUGGCUGUGCAGCUAGUCCAUGCCGACCAACUUGCAGCCAAGUAGGUGCAUGUCACCCCGCUAGUGGUGAAGAUCAGCCCUGCAAAUCAACUUAUUGCCAGCCCAUUUGCUACAUUUUCAAGACCUGCCAAUCAGUUCCCUGCCAGCCAUCGACCUGCGUGUUCAGUUCUUGCAAACCUACUUGCUGUGUGACCUCCCCUUGCCAGUCACUGCACCUCCGCCAAGCAGCUCCUCCCAUAUCCUUCAUCUGCCAGCCAGUGGCUAACUUCCAGCCCCCUUGUUCUGUAAAGUACUCUUGCAAACCAGCUUCCUGUGGCACCGUGCUGUCCGGCCAACCAGCUUGUGGCAGACCUACUUUCUGCAACCAAAGUGGCUACAAAUCCCCUUCCUGCCAACCCAGCCACAAGUCCAGCUUCUGUAAGGCAACACUUGUGUGA